AUGAUUUUUGUGUUCCUAAUAGGAUGUAUAGGAUAUUUGUGUUCUCAUCUACAUCUAGUUGAUUCUCUAUUCGAAAUUAAAAGUGACCCGGAGAUAUAUAUGAAUAUUAGUGAAAUAAUACGGAGACAAGGCUAUCUAGUCGAAGAACAUGAGAUUACUACCAGUGAUCAAUAUAUUCUGUGUUUAAUUAGACUUUACACAAAACAAUCAAUUCAUCAAAAGCGUAAAGUUGUUUUAUUGCAACAUGGAUUGUUGGACUCGUCACAUGCAUGGGUGAUGAAUUUAAAAAAUCAGAGUUUAGGAUAUAUUUUGGCUGAUUAUGGGUAUGAUGUAUGGCUAGGAAACAGCAGAGGCAAUACAUAUUCAAAAAAACAUAAGCAUCUUGAUUCAAGUCAAAAAGAGUAUUGGGAUUUUUCAUGGCAAGAAAUGUCGGGUUAUGAUUUUCCGGCUACAAUCAGAUAUAUUAUAUCUGUUACUAAGAUGAAACAACUAAGCUAUAUUGGAUUUUCUCAGGGAUCACUUAUCGCUAUGACGGCAUUAGAUGACAACCCAGAAUUACAAUCAAAUAUUAAUCUAUUUAUAGCCUUUGGCCCAGUUGGCUAUUUCGCAAAUGUGAAAGGCAUUUUCCUCCCACUAGUUCAUCACUAUAUAAUUGCUCAGUUUGUCUUAAAAUAUUUAACACGUGGUGAAGUCCUUCCGUCCGAUCAUUAUAUGAAGAUUUUGGGAAAGUAUCUUUGCGGGUUUGGCCCAAAUUUGUGCAUGUCCGUUAUUGAUAGUAUUGCUGGAAACGAUGGCUUCAAUACUAAUUUGACACGUCUUCCACUUAUUAUCGCUCACUCUCCAGCAGGAACGUCGACUAAAAAUCUGGUCCAUUUUAGCCAAAUGAUUGACAGUCAUCUGCUACAGAAAUUUGACUACGGACAGUACAUGAAUAGACAUAUUUAUGGUCAAGAUGAUCCUCCUUCAUACACUUUGAAAAACUUCAACAUUCCAACAGUCAUUUAUCAUGGCGGAAAUGAUCAUUUAUGUACAAACGAAAGCAUAGAUUUACUUAUACAAAGGAUUAACAAAACUAUCAUCUCUGUGA